AGUAGCUGAGCUAACAGUUUGACAUGAAUAAGCAGUUCACUUGGAGAUGUGCUUUCAAAGAAGCCAGCUACUGUUUUGAAACGUUUGAUAAUAUUGGUUUUAAUUGUCCAUACAUGGCUAGCCAGCUAGUUACAUAAGUUAACUGUUUGUUUUGCACACAUUGCCAAGGAAGAGUCAAGUGCUCGCAGCUAACGUUAGCUUGCUCUGCAUGGUAUAUAACGUUACUGUUAUGCUAACGUUAGCUUGGUCUGCAGGGCAUAUAACGUUACUGUUAUGCUAACGUUAGCUUGCUCUGCAUGGCAUAUAACAUUACUGUUAUGCUAACGUUAGCUUGCUCUGCAGGGCAUAUAACAUUACUGUUAUGCUAACGUUAGCUUGCUCUGCAGGGCAUAUAACAUUACUGUUAUGCUAACGUUAGCUUGGUCUGCAGGGCAUAUAACAUUACUGUUAUGCUAACGUUAGCUUGCUCUGCAGGGCAUAUAACAUUACUGUUAUGCUAACGUUAGCUUGGUCUGCAGGGCAUAUAACAUUACUGUUAUGCUAACGUUAGCUUGCUCUGCAGGGCAUAUAACAUUACUGUUAUGCUAACGUUAGCUUGCAAGUUACAUUACAGUAGGACCGAAGAUACUGCUGGUAGAACUAGAUAGCAUCUUUCCUAAGGUGUAGCCGUGGUUCAGAAAGAAGACCAGGAAAGGUACAGGAAGUGACUGCCGUGGUUCAGAAAGAAGAUCAGGAAAGGUACAGGAAGUGACGGCCGUGGUUCAGAAAGAAGACCAGGAAAGGUACAGGAAGUGACGGCCGUGGUUCAGAAAGAAGACCAGGAAAGGUACAGGAAGUGACGGCCGUGGUUCAGAAAGAAGACCAGGAAAGGUACAGGAAGUGACGGUGCUUCCUUGUUGCCAUGGCGUCUGAGCUGCAGGAGGCGAUCUGCAUGGCCAAGCAGGAGCGUCACAAGAACCUGUUCCUCAACUACAGGAACCUGAACAACUUUCCAGUCGAGCUGCUGAAAGAUGAAGGACUACAGUUUCUACAGAGGCUGUAUAUGAAGAGGAACUCACUCACCACACUGCCGGAUAAUCUAGCACAGAAGCUCCCCAACUUAAUAGAGCUGUAUCUGCAUUCCAACAAUAUAACCUGUGUUCCUGAAGCUAUAGGUAACCUGUCCAGGCUGCAGUCUUUAGACCUGAGUGACAACGCUCUGCAAGUCAUCUGUCCAGAGAUCGGCAGGCUGAGGUCCUUACGACACCUGAGACUGGCCAACAACCAGCUGAAAUACCUGCCUCCAGAUUUGGGUCGUUCCAGAGAGCUGCAGUUUGUGUUUGUUGACAACAACGUCCACCUCAAAGGCCUUCCUUCAUACCUGUACAACAAGGUGAUUGGCUGCAGCGGGUGUGGUCUGCCAGGGCAGGUGUCUGACCGGGUGCCCCAGCCUCUGUCUCUGUCUCUGGGAGAUGUGUCUCUCCCUUUGCCUGCUGAGGUGAAAGCUAUAGGCUCAGAGACGGAGCGAGUGGGCCCCCUGGAGGAGCUCGCCAUGAGGGCCCUGCACAGCAUGUACGGGCGACAGCCAAUCAGAGAGCGGAGUCUGCUGCCGCCCUUCCUGUUACCCAGAAGCCUUCUGGACCUGCUCCAAUGCCCCCUGGGACAUUGUCACCGCUGCAGUCAGCCCAUGUUUACCAUCAUCUACCCCAAACUGUUCCCUCUCAGAGAGACCGCUCUGGCUGGGGUACACCGCAGAACCACAGUGAGUUUCGUGGCCUACUGCUGUUCCAGUCAGUGUGUUCAGACAUUUGAUCUGCAGCAAUGACAUCAUGGUGCCUCCACCUCUUCCUCUCCCCUUCGGUCAUCAUCUCCUCCUCUGGUCUCCUGAAUGAAGGACUGUGGGAGUCCUGAACAUCUCAGGAGGACAUGCAUAGCCUCUGGACUGGUGGACAUGAGGAACUGACCAUCUCAGGAGGACAUGCAGAGCCUCUGGACUGGUGGACAUGAGGAACUGAAGGUCUCAGGAGGACAUGCAUAGCCUCUGGACUGGUGGACAUGAGGAACUGAAGGUGUCAGGAGGACAUGCAGAGCCUCUGGACUGGUGGACAUGAGGAACUGAAGGUCUCAGGAGGACAUGCAUAGCCUCUGGACUGGUGGACAUGAGGAACUGACCAUCUCAGGAGGACAUGCAGAGCCUCUGGACUGGUGGACAUGAGGAACUGAAGGUCUCAGGAGGACAUGCAGAGCCUCUGGACUGGUGGACAUGAGGAACUGACCAUCUCAGGAGGACAUGCAGAGCCUCUGGACUGGUGGACAUGAGGAACUGAAGGUGUCAGGAGGACAUGCAGAGCCUCUGGACUGGUGGACAUGAGGAACUGACCAUCUCAGGAGGACAUGCAGCGCCUCUGGACUGGUGGACAUGAGGAACUGAAGGUCUCAGGAGGACAUGCAGAGCCUCUGGACUGGUGGACAUGAGGAACUGAAGGUCUCAGGAGGACAUGCAGAGCCUCUGGACUGGUGGACAUGAGGAACUGAAGGUGUCAGGAGGACAUGCAGAGCCUCUGGACUGGUGGACAUGAGGAACUGACCAUCUCAGGAGGACAUGCAGCGCCUCUGGACUGGUGGACAUGAGGAACUGACCAUCUCAGGUGGACAUGCAGAGCCUCAGCAGCCUGUGACCAGUCCAGCAGUCUGUAAUGGACAUGGACGGUCCAAUUGAAAGACGGAUAAUAUUGGUAUUAAUAAUUCACAUCUUGACAUAUUAUCUACUGUCCAACGACUAACAUCUCUUAAUACAGCAUCAUUCUACUAA